AUGCCGUCCGUCAAGUACUUCAUCCUCGUCUCUUGGCUCGUGGCCAUAGCCUGCGGUUUGGUUGAUCCUCAGCUGAAGAAGACCCACGGGGAGGUGAACAGAGGAGGGAGAUGGGGUAUCCUCAAUAUCAGGUCUUCUGCACGCUGCCUGCUGCAGCUGAGAGGGGGCAUAGGAGCGGAUGUUCCCGUCCCACGCGUUCACAUAGAUGAUCUGAAGCGAGCAUGCAAUGUUUCAGAAGCAGAGGAGGAGGAGGAGGAGGCGGAGGAGGGUGAGAAUAUGCAGGAUGAGAAGAGGGUCCUCCCGCACGACGACGUCAUGACGGCCGAUCAGUGCAUAGGGUUCGCAGAAACUGCGUUCGAGGAAGGAAGGUACGACGAUGCUGUGGACCUGCUGACGGUGGCGAUCGAGGAGAAAAUAGACAACUUUGAGGAAGACUCGGUGGAGUGCGUGCGAGCCGUGCUCAUGCUGUCUCGAUCGUUGUACGAGAAGGAGGUGCUGUCCAACUUCUCCGACGCCAACUCCUCCUACGUCAACAAGGACGCCUCCGCUGACUCCGACGGCUCUGACGACGAUUGCUUCAACCCCAUGCAGAGCGCGUGGACGGCGCUGAAGCAGGCGAGAGAGGUGCUGGAGAGGAAGGGCAAGGACGACAAGCUGCUGGCCGAGGUGUUUGUGGAGAUGUCAAAGUGGAUCAUGAGCCCUUGGUCGAGGACGGUGGAUGUGCAGUGGGAGAAGGAGCGAGCGAGGAUAGUGAGUGCGGUGAAGUGUAUGAAGAGGUGCUUGAAGAUCAGAUACAACCUGUUCAGCGAAGACGCGAGGGAGAUAGCCGAGGGCAAGGAGCGCUUGCAAGAGCUGCAGGACAAGCUUGACCGUGAAGCUUGUGCGCUUCACAACUGA